GAUACACACAAAGUAGAGAGAAAUGUCAUCAAUAUCUUACUUCUUAGUAGCUAUGCUCUUAUGCAACGGUUUUGGGUUCAUCGUGUCUGCUCAAGUGGUAGGUGGUGGUUCUUCCUCAAGAAUUCCAUCCUUCGUUGGGAUAGAUGGUGGAAGUAAUGUGAUUGGCGUUGGCAAAAGAUUGACUCCUACAGGCCCGAAUCCAGUCCACAAUGAAUUUCAACCUCCACCUCCACCUCCACCUCCAAGUCCUCCUAAUGGUGGUAAUGUGAUUGGCAAUGGCAAGAGAUUGACUCCUACAGGCCCGGAUCCAAUCCACAAUGAAUUUCAACCUCCACCUCCACCUCCACCUCCAAGUCCUCCUAAUGGUGGUAAGGUGAUUGGUGAUGGCAAGAGAUUGACUCCUACAGGCCCGGAUCCAGUCCACAAUAAAUUUCAACCUCCACCUCCAAGUCCUCCUAAUGGUGGUAACGUGAUUGGCGAUGGCAAGAGAUUGACUCCUACAGGCCCGGAUCCAAUCCACAAUGAAUUUCAACCUCCACCUCCCCCUCCACCUCCAAGUCCUCCUAAUGGUGCUAAUGUGAUUGGCGAUGGCAAGAGAUUGACUCCUAUAGGCCCGGAUCCAAUCCACAAUGAAUUUCCACCUCCACCUCCAAGUCCUCCUAAUGGUGCUAAUGUGAUUGGCGAUGGCAAGAGAUUGACUCCUACAGGCCCAGAUCCAGUCCACAAUGAAUUUCAACCUCCACCUCCAAGUCCUCCUAAUGGUAUGAUAGCAUAGAGCUUGAGUACUUGACAUGACACUAUGGAGAAGAGAUGUUAUUUAAAAAUAUAGCUGAAUGUAAAGCAUCCAGCUCAUGC